UCUGCCAAGGCCGCCAUUUUUUGCACAGGAUUGAAGGGAUCCGGGGAGAAAAAAAAUUAACAGGGUCAAAAACUGACCUAAAACUAGAUUUUGAGUUUUAAAAAGCGUCCGGGUUCACAAGAGUAAACCACAGAGAUCCGGAUAAGGCCGGCAGUGUCAGCUUUUGGACGUUUUUAAAGCGCAUUUUGUUGAACACAUCCGCAGUGGAGAGUAUUGUUUUGGUCCUGGUCUCCAUUCAAGCCUAUUACAGUGGACACUGAUCCAGGUGGAGUGGAUGCAUUUAGAUGUGUGCCAUGCGUGCAGUGGUUGGUAUGCGUCAGUGUUUGGGAUCGCUCGGCUCUGCUCUCAGUAGGACUCCGCACUUGCAGCACAGAGCGUCAUGAGCUUAGUCAUCCCAGUGGGGGUGGACAACAUGGCUGCCGGCUCAGAACCUGAAUCUGUGGAGGCCAGCCCUGUGGUAGUGGAGAAGUCCAGCUAUCCUCACCAGAUCUACAGUAGCUCUCACCACUCACACAGCUACAUCGGCCUGCCUUACGCUGAUCAUAACUAUGGGGCCCGGCCGCCCCCUACGCCCCCCGCGUCGCCCCCGCCGUCAGUGUUGAUGCGUCCGGGCGAGGGCGUGUUCGGGCAGGACGAGGCGUCUCGAGGCACCACACUGAGCACGUCGGAGGACAGCAGCUACGGAGCCGACAUCACGCGCUGCAUCUGCGGCUUCACCCACGACGAUGGCUACAUGAUCUGCUGCGACAAGUGCAGUGUGUGGCAGCAUAUAGACUGUAUGGGGAUCGACCGGCAGCACAUUCCUGAGACGUACUUGUGUGAGCGCUGCCAGCCGCGCAGUCUCGACCGCGAGCGUGCCAUUCUGUUGCAGACCAGGAAGAGAGAGAACAUGUCUGAUGGAGACACCAGCGCCACAGAGAGUGGAGAUGAGGUUCCCCUGGAGCUCUACACCACGUUCCAGCACACACCCAACACCAUCACACUCACCACCGGCCGCCUCGGCAACAAGCAGAACGACAAGAAGCGCAAGAAGAGCGGAGACAAGGAGCCGGCCCCGCCCGCCCGCGCCAAGAAGGCGUUUAGAGAAGGCUCCAGGAAGUCCAACAGAGUCAAGGGCUCGGCUCCGGAGUGUGAGCCCAUGGACUCCCCGUCCCUGUGGGAGAGUAAGGUGAAGACGUGGAUGGAGCGCUACGAGGAGGCGAACGCUAAUCAGUACAGCGACGACGUCAGAGUGCUGCUGCGUGUCAAAGAGGCCCGGGACGGCAAAUCACUGGCCUACAACACACACCCCGCUGCCUUCAAACCCCCUGUAGAGAGUCAGGUGCAGAAGAACAAGCGCAUCCUAAAGGCGGUGCGUGAUUUAGCCGCGGACUCGCUGCUAAUCGAGUACAGGGGCAAGUUCAUGCUGCGCCAGCAGUUUGAGGCUAACGGCUACUUCUUCAAGAGGCCGUACCCCUUCGUGUUGUUUUACUCCAAGUUUGACGGUUUGGAGAUGUGUGUGGACGCGCGCAGCUUCGGAAAUGAGGCACGGUUCAUCCGCCGGUCCUGCACGCCCAACGCCGAGGUGCGUCAUGUGAUCGAGGACGGCAUGUUGCACUUGUAUAUCUACUCACUGAGGCCCAUCCCCAAAGGCAGUGAGAUCACCAUUGGGUUCGACUACGACUACAGCAACUGUAAAUAUAAGGUGGAUUGUGCGUGUCUAAGAGGAAAUCAGGAAUGUCCCGUUCUCAAACACAACCUGGAACCCACGGAGAACCUGGGUUCUACACGACGCAGAGGAAGGAAAGAUAAAGAGCCGGCGAUUCGGGACGAGCCCGGGCAGAACCAGAACCUCACCCUGGACUGUGAAGGAAACAAGGGCAAAACGAACAACGACAACAAACAGAGGAAGCUAUCUCCUCUACGAGUGUCCAUCUCUAACAACCAGGAUCCUGAGUUAAUUGAGGAUCUAGAGGAGAAAACCUGCGUUAGCAAUAACGUAGAGAUGGAGACAGAGGAGCACAUGGCAGAGAGGAGGAGGAAGAUGACACGCGAAGAAAGGAAGAUGGAGGCCAUUCUGCAGGCUUUUGCCCGCAUGGAGAAGAGAGAGAAACGGAGAGAGCAAGCCCUGGAAAGAAUCGGCACCAAGGGAGAGGUGGGAACCCGAAGUGAAAUUAAAGAAGAGCCGCCUGCUACUCCGGAGGUCGAGUUACCGGCAACGCCGCUACUGGAGCCUGUGAAAGAAGAAGCGGCGGCUCAGAAGGCAGCAAAGGUCAGUCGGGCCAAGCAGAGGAAGAGCUUCUCUCGGAACCGGACACAUAUCGGGCAGCAAAGGCGGCGGACACGUACAGCCAGCGCCUGCUCCGACCCGCCGCCGGCGUCACCCGGAGACACCCUCGAGGCGCAGCUGAUGGCGGAGACGCAGGACGGGGAGACUGGAGUGGUGCCUGAGACCGAAACACCUCCCACUCACGUUCCAGACGCCACCGCCAGCCCACCUCAUGCCUCUCCUGCACACAAGUAUCCCAAAACGAAAAAGCACUUAGUGACCGAGUGGUUAAGUGUGGAGAAGCAGGAGCAGCGCGUGUUAAUGCGCAGCCCCGAGCCUGCUCCUGAUCGGCCGCUAAGGAUCAGCACUGAUCCUGAAGUUUUAGCCACGCAGCUCAACUCUUUACCCGGGAUGGCCUGCAGUCCGCACGUCUACAGCACGCCCAAGCACUACGUCCGUUUUUCCUCUCCGUUCCUGGCCAAUCGAAGCCCCAGCACCCCUGCGGUGCCCGCUGCCCGCCGCCGUUCACGAGAACUCUCCGAUACGCCGCCCACCUCUGGCUCCUGCAAAAAGCGUUGGCUGAAGCAGGCUUUAGAGGAGGAGGGCAGUCUGAGUCCAGGCGGGCGAACCCUCCUGAUUCCUGCUGAAGGACCGCUCACGCCGCCGAUCAACGGGGACGCUGACAGCCCUAUCACGCUCAACGGCACCUGCCCAGAGUUGCCCACGCCGCUAAAGAAAAGGCGAUUGUGUCCGCUGGACUCGUGUGUGUCGGAUUCGUCCACACCGUAUACCUCUCCGUGCGCUACGCCGACACGACCCGACCCCUCCGACGCCCCGCUAACACCUCAGCUCCUAAACACGUCUCCGGGACCUUCAACACCUACACAGAACCCAGCACACACCACGCCACAGGAGAGCGAGUCGCCGGUAGACAGCUCACCGGACGCUAGCCGAAGACCCAGCACACAAGAGGUCGACCGUGCUCCGUCGCUCUUGGCCUCUCCUAUUAGGAAACUUUCCGAAACUGCGCAUCAGGAGUCUCAAAGUCCCGCCCCCUCAUUACCUGAGCCCCACGAGGCACCCGUAGACGAGGGCACGGAAGGAGACGGUGCUACAGAGGCACCGCCCACAUCCUACCACGCCUGGAUCAAGAGCCCCGAGCGGGGCGGGCUUUCUUUCUCCCCCAUUAACUCCAACCUGAGGGACCUGACCCCAUCACACACGCUGGACAUGGGGGCGUUCAGUGAGGUUGCGUCCUACUACCCCUGCACCGAGGACGGAGGCAACGCGACCUUCUCUCGAUCGCUCAGUGGGGACGCCUCAGACGGAGCAGGAACGGCUCAGAAUCCACCACAGAAGAAGAAGGUGUCUCUGCUGGAAUACAGGAAGCGGCAACGUGAAGCCCGACGCAGCGGAGGCUCCAAGAUCGAAUGCAGCUCUCCACUUUCAACAGCACCUCCGGUGGACGUCUUCCCCGUUGCCAUGGAAACAGUACCCGAUUCCAUCGUUCCCGUCGUUACGCUAGGCUCCAGGACCCCGCAGUCAUGCGAGGAUCCGGACACCCCGCAACCAGGAGAGAAGGAGGGAGGAGAUGGACAGUGGGUGUCAUCAACCUCAGUGGAACAGGCCAGAGAAAGGGGAUAUCACAGAGCCCUGCUGCUCAGUGAUCACCGCAAAGACACAGAUGGAGGAGAGACAGAAGGAGGUGAUGCUGUAACGAGAGAGUGUCCAUCACCCAAGAGCUGCAAGAGUCCCUCCACACACACGUCUCCGUCUCCAGGUCCGAGCUCUGCGUCCCACUCCUCCCUUCGCCCGUCUAAAGAAGAGGACAGCGACCCUCAGUCCCGUCCCUCGGCCCAGCCGUCCUCCUCCAAACCACCUCUGUCCAAGUCUACCCCUCUGACUCCCAGCAAGCACUCUUCUCAGGGGCACUACCCCUCUCCUACCCUCCCUAUCCCCUCCCCUAAAUCUCAGCCUCAGCCACAGGGUUCGCCCUAUCGCGGCCAGAGGACCUUUCUGCCUGCCCCGCCCCCUAACCAAUCGCAGUACAGCCCUCAGAAUGCCCCGCCCCCUCCUCCUCCACCCCCUCCGGUACCACCCACUUCCUCGCCCUACUUCCCUACGCAGUUCAAAGCAGCGGUCUCGACACCCUUUCCUCCUGGCUCGCAGACUUUGCUCCAGUCCCACCACACUAUCCACUUCCAGAGCAGCUCGGCCCCGCCCCCUCCUCCUCCUCCCCCUCCGCCGCAUCCUCAGCCAGGUCCCGCCCUCAUCCACGUCAAUCAUCUACAACCUUCGUCGAUCCAGCAGCAUCAGCUGAUCUUGAGCUCCGCCCCUCCCCCACCGCCGCCUCCGCCCCCUCAGACGCAAGGUUCUCAGCCGACACAGGUCGGCGGCACUGCCGUCAACCUGUUGUCCAUCAAACAAGGCCCGCCUCCUCCACCGUCGUUUCAGAACAUUGGUGCUUUCCAGACUACUCUCCUGCACCAAUCGGGAGCGAGCAACCCUACAGCGGUAGCGCCCUCUUCGUAUCAGCAGACCGUGUUACCGCCUCCUCCUCCGCCCCCGCCACAACCCACCGCGCCUUCUCAAGGGACCUCGUCCAAUCCUAACGCGACGCAGGCGCGAGGCCCGCCUCCUUCCUCAACGACAUUUCAUAACCCAGGAUACAUGGGGACGGGGUGGCACUGACUCCGCCCACUUCACCCGCCCACGAAAAGGAACUCGUAACGAGAGAAUCGCGGCGGAUGAUUGGACAAAAUGUAACAUAGGCAACUCGAACAUAGUGUAAAUAAUUUUUAUGCACCUUUACACAAAGAAAACAGGACGAGACAACAGGGGUACACUUACCCGGACCGUAACCCGAUCUCGAGAGACUUUACGGAAAACAAGAUGGCGGCUCAGUGGUGCUCAUUACACAACCUAAACCCCUCCUUCUUCUUCUCCUCCUCCUCCUCCUCGUUCUUCUUCUUCUCUGAUACACACUUCCAGUCGUCCUGUCUUACUAGACGUCUUUUAACGUUUUUAGUUUCCCCCGUUGUCUUUUUUCACAUUUGUACGAUGGACAUUCCACGUCUACCUUUUUUAUUUCACCCCCCUUUCUAAAGUCCUUACGUCAUUUAUUCGUUUUAUCUAGCGCUUCAUUUAUAGCAGAAGAAAAAAUGCUUUUUGUAUAGAGGAAAAAAUACAGAGUUAUUUUUUUUAAUCCUUCAUGUAACUGAUAAAAUAAUAAUAAUAAAAAUAAUAAUAAUAAUAAUAAUAUCUGCAGAAAUUAAGAAGAGACCUUUCUGUUAGGUUGGUUCACCGCUCCGGGAGUCUGCACUUCUUAGUGUGUGUGUGUGUGUGUGUGUGUGUGUGUGUGUGUGUGUGUGUGUGUGUGAGAGUGAGUGAGUGAGUGUGAGAAAGACUGUGUAUUUGUCGGUCCCUAUGUGUUUAAUCUGUUCAUCACAUGUGAGUGUGAGAGAGAGAAUCACUUCCUGUUCACCGUGAGCGGUUUAUUUUUAUUAUUGUUUUUGAAUUUUCACGGUUAUUUGUAGAAAGUGUAAUUUAAUUGUAUAGGUGGUUCCUCCAGCGGUCUUUCUGCAGAGACGAACAGGUUGUAAAUAUCAGCUUUGUUUUUUUGUUCCUUUGUUUUCUUUUCUACGCUUGUACACUUUGCUCCCAUCCCUUUUUUUUGGAUUAUGAUUGUAAAUACGAGCGCAUACUUCACAUAAAAAAGGAAACAAAAAAGAACAAAAAAAAGAAUAAAAAGCUGAAUGUUUCUGUGACCGUAGCACUAUUUUUAUUUUCUGUCUCCUGGGAUUAUACGAUUUGUCCCUCUCUCUCUCUCUCUCUCAUUUAUUUUUUAUUCUCUGUGUGAGUGAGAGUGAUGUGUAUGUGAAGAGCAGACGCUCACAGACACAACACUGGUUGGAUAUUUUCAUGGUUCAUUAUAAUAAAUCACUGUAAUGACAGUUUUAUACCA